CUGGGACAUUCAUUCUUGUUGGUAGCUCCAACUAGCGGCCGGUAAGGGAACAGAGAUCAUUGCCUCCGAAAUUAUUUACCUAGAACGCCAUAUAAUAGCUGAAUGUCAUAGAGUUAAGAUCUCUUAACUCCCUUAACUGCGUGCGUCUGCUGCGUGAUCAUCGCUAACAGACGCCUCGCGUCGUAUUCAGGUGGUGACCGUGAUUCGCGCACAAUCGAACCGACGGCACGAUCGUGCUUUGCGACUUUACAUCUUGGAGGCAAUGCAUUACACAGCUUAGUGCGACUCCACGUCACCAGGUGACAGGGCUAUCCCGCUGGUUGGCAGGAUAGUCAUCGCUGGAAGGCGCGCCUGCCAUUUGUUCCGCUGAAUCCGAGCUUUCUCAGCCAUUCUCGGGCCCACUUCUUGUUAUUCGCGUUAACUACGGCUGCUCGAUCGUUUUGGGAGACACAAUGCCAGGCUGCUGCGUUCCCAACUGCGGAAAUCACUCUAGGAACGGUUGGAGACUGUUUCAUUUUCCCACCCAGCGAGAAAGAAGAAUACUUUGGCUUACAGGAAUCAAUAGGAGAGACUGGGAACCUACCAAGUGGUCCUCGGUAUGCAGUGCUCACUUUGAGGACGACAGCUUUGAACAAAAGCGCGCCGACGGCUGGAAAAAGCUGAAGCCAAAUGCCGUUCCAAAGCUGUUCCCGCCAAAGGCAUCGCCUCGCAAAAGAAGAGCGCCGAAAGUCGUGACAAGAGCAGCAGCAGCGCCGUCUGGCGUAAGUGACGAUUCCGUCGUCGUCGAUGGAGCAGAUUCGUCACCGACGCAGGUGGAGGUGCACCUGCUGUCGUCCUCCAACGGCUCUGAUCUGUCUCGGCAAGAGAGCUGCAUCGUGCCACAGCUAGCCAACUCAAGCCGGACGCUCCGGAGCACGGCAGUCAAGCAGGAGCUCGCUGAGCCGAACGCUGCGUCAUCCGAUCCUCCGUGUUCUAACGACUCCUGCACCGAAUUGAGACAGCAGCUGGCAGACGUGACGACAAGGCACGAUCAACUGCUGGAAGCUUACGUGAUCGCGAAUUCGACCGUUAACGCGCUAAGAAGUAAGGUCGGCGAGUUGGAAAGCACCGUGGAAAUUCUCCGACAGCGCCUUCAGUCCCGCAACGGCGUUCAUUAGCAAGAGGCUCCACGACAAAACAACCAUGGGAGUAUGCGUAUUCAAUAAAGCUGGCGCUUGGAUUUUCUGCACGAAA